UAUGUGAAAGAUAGGUUAUGUUCGUUUCGUAGUGGAAUCGGGAAGAAUAAAGUUUUGCGGUGGGCAGAGUUUAUCCACCUGGUAGGGGUGUUUAACUGAGAAAUGUUAUUAUCUCGAGGUUUAAGCAUCUUGAAGUCAACAUCCCGUUUGACAAAUGGCAAUCGAAAAGUUUUACAGCAAAUUAAACGAAACAGUCAUGAGUUUACGUAUCGCUCUAUUCCAAAAUAUUCCAAAGACCAAAUAAUUUGGGCAGAGGCACUUGGGGGUAUGAUGUACUGGUGGAUAUUCUAUAAUAUGUGGCAUGAGUUUGGGCACGUUGUUGGUGAGUUUCCUUAUCCAGAACCAAGUAACUGGACGGAUGAAGAGCUUGGCAUUCCUCCUGACGAUACUGAGUUUUGAGCAUAUUUCUAGUCCGUAGAUGCAAGCUCGCGUCCAAUUCCAGAUUUCUUAAAUCCACCAAAUGGGGUUUGUGGAGUUAUAGCAUCGUAGCAGUUAAUCCUGUAAUGAAAAUAUUAAUGUACUUAAAAUAUAAUGAAUACUCUUAUAAUAUCUUGAAAUUACGAUUGUAGAUAAAAGUUGAAAAAAAAAAAA